UCUCAGGUGGCCAGGAUAUUUUUUCUGGCCCCUUCCUGCCCUCUUCACACUGACCCAUGUGUUGUUCUAUCCCUGGAAAGCUAUACCUCCUUACCCCUAUCAGCUUCUCCUCACAUCUCCUCUCGUCGCCACCCAUGCUAUCACCGCUCUGAUCACAAGCAAGGCAAACCCUCACUGUUCUAUCAACGCCCCUCCCUUAGCUAGAUGGCUUCAGCGAACAACUGGCUGGGCUUCUCGCUCUCGGGCCAGGAUAACCCGCAGCCUAACCAGGACAGCUCGCCUGCCGCCGGUAUCGACAUCUCCGGCGCCAGCGACUUCUAUGGCCUGCCCACGCAGCAGGGCUCCGACGGGCAUCUCGGCGUGCCGGGCCUGCGGGACGAUCACGCUUCUUAUGGUAUCAUGGAGGCCUACAACAGGGUUCCUCAAGAAACCCAAGAUUGGAACAUGAGGGGCUUGGACUACAACGGCGGUGGCUCGGAGCUCUCGAUGCUUGUGGGGUCCAGCGGCGGCGGCGGGGGCAACGGCAAGAGGGCCGUGGAAGACAGCGAGCCCAAGCUCGAAGAUUUCCUCGGCGGCAACUCGUUCGUCUCCGAUCAAGAUCAGUCCGGCGGUUACCUGUUCUCUGGAGUCCCGAUAGCCAGCAGCGCCAAUAGCAACAGCGGGAGCAACACCAUGGAGCUCUCCAUGAUCAAGACCUGGCUACGGAACAACCAGGUGGCCCAGCCCCAGCCGCCAGCUCCACAUCAGCCGCAGCCUGAGGAAAUGAGCACCGACGCCAGCGGCAGCAGCUUUGGAUGCUCGGAUUCGAUGGGAAGGAACAGCAUGGUGGCGGCUGGUGGGAGCUCGCAGAGCCUGGCGCUCUCGAUGAGCACGGGCUCGCACCUGCCCAUGGUUGUGCCCAGCGGCGCCGCCAGCGGAGCGGCCUCGGAGAGCACAUCGUCGGAGAACAAGCGAGCGAGCGGUGCCAUGGAUUCGCCCGGCAGCGCGGUAGAAGCCGUACCGAGGAAGUCCAUCGACACGUUCGGGCAAAGGACCUCUAUAUAUCGAGGUGUAACAAGGCAUAGAUGGACAGGGCGGUAUGAGGCUCAUCUAUGGGAUAAUAGUUGUAGAAGGGAAGGGCAGAGUCGCAAGGGUAGGCAAGUUUACCUUGGUGGCUAUGACAAGGAGGACAAGGCAGCAAGGGCUUACGAUUUGGCAGCUCUCAAGUAUUGGGGCACUACGACAACAACAAAUUUCCCUAUAAGCAACUACGAAAAAGAGCUAGAAGAAAUGAAACAUAUGACUAGACAGGAGUACAUUGCAUACCUAAGAAGAAAUAGCAGUGGAUUUUCUCGUGGGGCAUCAAAGUAUCGUGGAGUAACUAGACAUCAUCAGCAUGGGAGAUGGCAAGCAAGGAUAGGGAGAGUUGCAGGAAACAAGGAUCUUUACUUGGGCACAUUCAGCACCGAGGAGGAGGCGGCGGAGGCCUACGACAUCGCCGCGAUCAAGUUCCGCGGUCUCAACGCCGUCACCAACUUCGACAUGAGCCGCUACGACGUGAAGAGCAUCCUCGAGAGCAGCACACUGCCUGUCGGCGGUGCGGCCAGGCGCCUCAAGGACGCCGUGGACCACGUGGAGGCCGGCGCCACCAUCUGGCGCGCCGACAUGGACGGCGCCGUGAUCUCCCAGCUGGCCGAAGCCGGGAUGGGCGGCUACGCCUCGUACGGCCACCACGGCUGGCCGACCAUCGCGUUCCAGCAGCCGUCGCCGCUCUCCGUCCACUACCCGUACGGCCAGCCGUCCCGCGGGUGGUGCAAACCCGAGCAGGACGCGGCCGCCGCCGCGGCGCACAGCCUGCAGGACCUCCAGCAGCUGCACCUCGGCAGCGCGGCCCACAACUUCUUCCAGGCGUCGUCGAGCUCCACAGUCUACAACGGCGGCGCCGGCGCCAGUGGUGGGUACCAGGGCCUCGGUGGUGGCAGCUCUUUCCUCAUGCCGUCGAGCACUGUCGUGGCGGCGGCCGACCAGGGGCACAGCAGCACGGCCAACCAGGGGAGCACGUGCAGCUACGGGGACGACCACCAGGAGGGGAAGCUCAUCGGUUACGACGCCGCCAUGGUGGCGACCGCAGCUGGUGGAGACCCGUACGCUGCGGCGAGGAACGGGUACCAGUUCUCGCAGGGCUCGGGAUCCACGGUGAGCAUCGCGAGGGCGAACGGGUACGCUAACAACUGGAGCUCUCCUUUCAACAACGGCAUGGGGUGACGACGACGGUACGGUCCAACGAACGGAGAGGGCAGAAGCUAGUGGCUAGUGAUAGGGGGUUAGCUAGCUAGAAGAUCCCAAGUCUAGGUUAGAGUUAUUUGGUCAUCGUUGUCGUGUUUCGACGUGCUCAGGUUCUGGUUCGAUUCUGCACAAUUAACCCGUGCAUGCACGCGUGUGCCUUUCUGGAAGCUGGUAAUGGCAGGUCAGGGUAAGUAAAGUUAGUGUUGUAAGUUAUCCUGAUGUGCUGUUAAUUUUGGGUAGUUUCAGAAGGUCUAGCCAAUCUCUUCGGA